AGUGCGCGAGGAAGGACGAGCUGUCAAGUUUCUGGAAACACCUUGUCACCGAGAAAUUCCACCCGAUUCUUUGUGAGAAAGAUGCACUCGCGAGUGAUGCUGUCGCUGGGAGUCGCGCUGCUCUGGAUCGUGGCCACGGCGCGCGCCUAUCCGUUCAAACCGGACAGCCCGGGAGAGAACGCACCAGCAGAGGACCUUGCGAAGUACUAUUCCGCGCUACGACACUACAUCAACCUCAUCACGAGACAACGGUACGGGAGGAGAUCCAGCCCGGAGACGCUGUACUCAGACUUGUUGAUGCGCGAGAGCUCAGAAAGCGUUCCUGCACGGACCAGGUAUGACGACCUGUCUGCCUGGUGAUGCCGCUCAUCUGCCCCGCCGCCUCCGUUUGGUUGCUAGUGCCACACACACACACACACACACACACACACACACAC